AUGAAACACUCUGACAAAAACAAUAUCCUGUAUCCACUACAGCACGGAUUCAGAAAAGGUCGUUCAUGUAAAACGCAGCUCAUAGAGUUUACAGACGAUAUCACUUCAAACAUGGAGGAUGAUAAGGAGGAAGGAAAACAAAAAUCUGACUUUGACGCCUACAGGAUCAUUCAGAAGGAGAACCAGAAACUAUGUUGCAACACCAAGAAUGAGUAUAUGCGGAACAUGGUCUGUGAGGAAGGCACCAAGAACAAGAAGCUCUAUAGCUACAUUAAGAGCAUAAAGAGCGACAGUUCUGGUGUUGCUACAUUGAAGAAAGUGGGAGUUAGCUAUUCAGAUGCCAUAGCUAAGGCUGAAUUACUGAACUCUCAAUUCUCUUCAGUGUUUACCCUUGAGGACACUGCUCACAUGCCAUCCAUGGGCCCUGCGUUACCAGGCACGGCUUCUCCUCUCAAGAUCCACACCCAAGGUGUUAAGAAACUCGCUGGUAACCUCAACCCUCACAAGGCAGCAGGACCAGACCAGAUAUCGUCCAAGUUCCUCAAAGAAAUGGCACCCUCAAUAGCCCCAGCCCUAACUCUCAUCUACCAAGCCUCGUAUGACCAGAGUCAGCAACCUCUUAGCAGACCAGAUGACAGCAACCUCUUAGCAGACCAGCAACAUGGCUUUCGUAAGAGGAGGUCAUGCGAGUCGCAGCUCAUAAGCACUGUCCAAGACCUUGCAUCAGGCCUCAUCCAGAAGCAGCAGAUAGAUGCCAUACUGCUAGAUUUUUCCAAGGUCUUCGACAAAGUUCCACACCAACGUCUAGCAUCCAAAUUACACCACUAUGGCAUCAGGGGUAAGACAUUGGGGUGGAUCAACAGCUUCCUCGCAAAUCGCCAUCAGCAGGUAGCACUUGACGGUACGACAUCAAAGUCAGCUCCAGUAACAUCGGGAGUCCCCCAAGGCACAGUCCUGGGUCCGCUACUGUUCCUGGUCUAUAUUUAUGACCUCCCCAGCAGAACUAGCUCCUCAGCACGCCUCUUUGAAGAUGACUGCUUGCUAUACAGAACCAUAGCAUCAGACAGAGACACCCAGGCACUUUAUGAGGACCUAGAUCGCCUUCAAAAGUGGGAGAGGGACUGGCAGAUGGAAUUUAACCCAGAAAAGUGCGAGUUGAUCCAUAUUACCAACAAGCGCAAAGUCAUUGACGGUUCAUAUUCCAUACAUGGCCAAGUACUCAAGCAAGCCAACACAGCAAAGACCAACAUCGACAAGCUUGAGAAAGUGCAAAGAAGGGCUGCUCGAUUCUGCACAGGCCACUUCAAACAAGCCAGCAGUGUCACAGCCAUGAUGAAAAGGCUUGAAUGGGACACACUUGAAGCCCGUCGCCAGCACUCCAAAGCCGUCAUGAUGUUCAGUUUCGUGAACAACCUAGUUGACAUCCAAUCCCAGCACAUCCUACUACCAGCUGGUGUUCACACAAGAGGCCAUUCGAACAGGUUCCUUGUACCCUUUGCCAGCGUCAAUGCCUACAACUACUCGUUCUUUCCCUCUGGCAUCCGCAUCUGGUACAGCCUACCAGAAGCGACGAUCAUGGCACCAUCCCUCGACGUCUUCAAGACCAGGAUGGACAUACCAAGGCCUUAA